ACCAGCUUCUGCAGCAGCGACCUGCUCAGCUCUCACACUGGCCGGUGACCACACAGUUUGGCAGUGACCACGCCAACGAUCUCCCGGUCACGCGGUUGCACACCUAACAAUGAGGCAUCCAGCAGCCCCAUAUAAACCCUGCUCCAAUCCCACAACCAGAUCAACCCCAACCCAAACCUUCAGCUCUCUCUUCUCGUCUUCUCUGCAUCUCCAAUCAAGGUACAAAGGCAGCAUACGGAGAUAGCCAUGGCGAUUAGAGCUCUCCUCGUCCUCACCGUGGCCGUCGCGGCGGUGCUCGGGGCGGCGCACGGGGCCAGCUACACCGUCGGUGCCCCGGCGGGGUCGUGGGAUCUCCAGACCAACUACACCACCUGGGCUUCCGGCAUCAACUUCCGCGCUGGCGACCAGCUUGUGUUCAAGUACUCCCCCGCGGCGCACAACGUGGUGGAGGUGAGCAAGGCGGACCACGACUCGUGCACCGCCUCCAGGCCCCUCGCCACCUUCGCCACCGGCGACGACACCGUCCCACUCCCCGCCGGCGGCGUCACCCGCUACUUCAUCUGCGGCGUGCCCGGCCACUGCGACGGCGGCAUGAAGCUCGCCGUCAGAGUCGAGGCCGCGGCCAGCGCUCCAGCGCCAGUGGCCAUGGCCCCUCGUGCUGCGCGCCCGCCGACGAAGACUGCGUCUCCGUCUCCGUCUCCGGCGCCGAUGGCCAUGGCCCCUGGCGCUGCGCUGCCGCCGAUGGCGACGCCACCAGGCGCCAAGGCCCCGGCCGCCGGCGGCGGCAUGCCGGCCGUGCCUCCUCCGAGCUCUGCGGCGGCGCCGGCUGGUGUUGGGUCUCUAAUGGGCCUUGGUUUGGGCGCUGUCGUGGCUGCUCUUAUGACCUUCCAUUAGAGUCAACGGCUGUUUUUUUUGUACUUAUUUAUUACUCACGUGUACUCAAUUUUUACUCCUAUAUAUGGUAGUAUGUACGUAACUGAGGUCAUUGUUAUGAUAUUGGAUUUUUCAUAUACAAAUACUUUCAUACAAACGAA